CUGCUUUCCAUUUUCUUGAACAUGGGAACCGGCACUAUUCGAAUCAGUUCGUUAACUCGAGUUACACUACGAACAGAGUGCUGCCGUUGAUUGAUUGCAAAAGUCUGAUUCCCUAGUGGCACUUGCUUGUUAGCUGAACUUAUCUUUUCUUUCCGGCGAAGGGAAACAUGGAUCAGUUGCUGCUGCCGUAAGAAUCCGUAUUUUGGGAUCUGCAGACGCAAGAGGAGCGUGCUAAUAGAAUCGAAUACUACUUGCGAAACGGAACUCAGAUGACUUGAUCUUGAUAUUUAAGUAUGUAAUUUCGAGAAGCGGAGGGAAUAGGCCCUUUAAGUUAAGCCCAGAAAGCACCUACUCUGGAAUGCCUUGGAAAUAUGCUCACUCAGUUGUGAGAACAGUCUUUCGUUUCGAACAAGUGAAUACGGACUUCCGGAUUGGGAGAUCGGAACUGUCCUUUGGGGUAGUGCGCCAGAAGAUACCCGGCCUUUUUUAGCGUGGAAUAGGAGCAGUUGUCAAAGAAUCUCUUCUCUAGCGAGGAAUAGGAGAUCAGUCGUAUUCUCGUUCUAGGAAAGGCGUAUUAUCGUUCUAGUGCAGCAGGCUAUUCAUUCUAAGAUAAGAGUCAAGCUACCCAAUUAGAGGAAGGGACUUCCGUCAAGAGUAAAGCGAAGCGAAUCGUUCUAGGAAUGCUACUCCUUCCUUUUCUCGGUCGUAUUAUCGUUCUGGGAAACGCAGAGUUGUUGUUGAUGGCAUUGGCUAUUUGCAGUAGAAAUGGGGGAAGCAAGCAGUUCUUGGAUUGGCCUAACCCCCAGAGGGCUUUCCUUCAAACUUCACUAGACGACUCCCCAUAUUCUACUGUGCAGUCAACUCGUUUCAUUUUCUUUCAUUUCACCCCAUCUAAGUAAGGGCUUAUUUUCCCUCUGAAAAACAAACAAGAAAAACCAUCAAAAACGAUGAAAAAAGACAGAAAAACGAGACAUAUUUGCACCUUUUCCGCACUGAGGAAAAUCGUAGAACAAUCUCCCUUUUCUUUGUCCGGUUAAAAAAGAAAGAUAGGAUAAGAUAGGAAUAUAGGUACUAUGAGUAUGAGACGGACAGUAUGAGUGAGUGGAAGGAUGGAGGUCCUACCACGAACGGAAGUAAGAACCAAGGAAAGAGAGUGCGGGGCCUUCCGUUCCUACUGUACAAUCUAAAGAUCCGUCCUGUUGCGAUGCGAGGAAUAACAUAAAUAUCAGUUCAAUCACAAACACCGAGCUGCCACAUACUUCUCUUGUUUAUCGACCGGAGGGGAGGUUACCUACUAUAGCGAGAGCGAGCGGCAGAAGCAGAAGAGAAGCAGAUCCUUAUACGAUUCUAGAAACUGGCACUGGUACCUCCUCCUCCAAGAGGAACUUGGUAAUCUAGGGGGGCCGCAUAACUAGUAAAGUGCAUUUGCCUAUACCACAGGACAGGGGUAGAAACUGAAGUAGAAGAGUGCAGAGUGCCAACCAGUUCACCACUUUGGUUUAGAAUUUAGGUUUCCCAGAAGAGAAGGAUUUCUAUUUGAUGGACCUGUAAAAAGUGUCCUUGCCAUGAUAAGACGCAGGAAACGACCCACCUACCGCUAGGAAUGACUCUCCCCCCAUGCAUGCCCAUGGGACUCUCUUUAGCUGCCUGUUUCAAAAUCCGAUUAAGUGGUUCUAAGGAAUGGAUUGCGAAGGAAAAUAAAUAUCGAUAUCGGGGACGAGGGCUCUGCUCACCACUGUGAUUGGGCUUCAAUUUCCUCUUUUUACUCAAAUAUAUCCAUAGCUUCAUUCCUUCCUUGCAAGGUUCUUUUUCAACACAGGAUUUCGUCUUGCUUUCCGUUUCUAUCCCCUCGGAAUACUGCUUAGAUCAGGCUGUAGGUACCGGGCUCACUCACUCAACCAGGGAAGACCACAUUGCUUAAAACUAAAGAGAAGGACGUGAUGUCUUUCGGAAGCGCCGGCCACCAUGAACACGAUAUUGGCUCCGCACUAGAUUUCUCAAUAGCUACAUAGUUCAAAAGUAGACAGUAUGGAUCUUCUUGUUCGGUCCUAGAGAAAAGGUCCUUUCGAAAGAAAAGAGGAAGGUCCAAUGGCUCAAAUUCUAUGACCCAGAUCCUGAGGCGGAGAAUUCUUUAGAGGCUCCAAACUUGAGAAGUGGAACCGCUACCUAACCCAGCUCAGGUUUCUGAAGUGCCUGCAGCAUAAAUCAGUGAACAGGUUGGAUGUGCAAUCUAGCCGAUUGCCUAUUGCUUUCCAUCAAGCAACUAAUUGAAAUAGAAGGCAAGAGCUCCAGUUCCAGUUCCUGUUGGGCAAGGGGGAUAGUACAAUCUACGGGACAAGCCCGGUUUAUUUAGACCUAUUUCUCUGAACUGAACCGACAGAAAUUUGAUACUGCUUGCUACCGCCUAACAAGAACAUAUAACUUUCCGAUGGAAACUAGACCAACGCUUGGAUCAAGAGAAGUGCCAGCUGGGUCUCAGGUAUCCAGCGCCGGUUGUUAGGGAGAUUAGUCGGCAGGCUUAUCAGAUUGUGUGUGCAUCUAUCCUUUCCUAAAGCUUCCCUCUACCCCUGAAACUCGAAUCCCUCUUUGGCAUAGGAAUAGGAGCUGGUCAGUAGUAAGCAUUUCUGGUUCCUUGUCUCUUUUGUGUGAGUGUUAGUCUAUUUCCAUUUCCCAUCCAUUCACCCGGAAGGGAACAGAACCGCUUUUCAUUCACCACUGCUUUCCUACCAACAAGAGAAGAGAAGAUAUUCUCUGGCACUAUCGCAUCACGCGUUGCUGAAGAUGAAGAGCAGACAAGAGAUAUUUUCUUCACUACCGAACCGAUUCGCAGUUGACUUCCUUCGGCCCUUGAUCUCGUUCCAAGAGAUUUGAUUCCUGUAAGGGUGCCGGUACUUAUUCCCGGCAGGCGGAAGGAUCCCUUUUGAGUGCCAGUGCUGCUCACUAUGGGCCAAAACCAGCCUUUUUCUUUCGUCAGCAAACACCAUCUGAGUUCAUGGUAGGUGAUAUCGAAACGCUUCCCUAUCAAAUAGGUAAGGAACUAGGGACCAGAGUAAGGGAUCUAUUGAUCAAGGUCAUGUCACCUCACCGUUGACAAUCUGUGUCCAAACCGGAUGGAAUAGAGGACAUAUCCAGAACAGGAAGGAUCUCCUAUUACUAGGGACUAGGGAAAAAGAGAAAGAGAAAGACAAGUCUAUUUGCUUGGAUGCCGGUUAUAGGACUAGUAAAGUCAAGGAUGGAAACUAUAACGUAUCCAUUUCUGAUUGUGGUUGGAUCCCUGGGUGGUGCUGGUAAAGAAUACUCAUAUCGCUCUAAGACAUACCAUGUUUAUAGCUAUCUUAGGCGCUAGUCUAGUAUAGUAAAUGCGGCGGUAAUGAUGAUUUCUACUCAGCUCUGGCAAGAGUUUCUAUUUCGAAGGGAAUAGGUCUAGAGUAACUAGAAUACCAGGCCAACUCUUUGAACAGAACGGAAAGAGAGUCCACUUCUGCAUGGAUCCUUCAUUUCCGGAACAAGGAAGCUGGGCGUAGACCCGUUACUUCUUACUUUACUACGGUGGAGGGGAUGCCAUGAUUCCAAUGCGUAUUGACUAGGUCGUAAGAGAACUACUUGAGCUCUAAUACUUUGAUCCUCCUAUAGGACUCGAAACCAGUCUACGCCCUUGCCCUGUAGGAAACUAGACUCGCUAGUAAAGAGGAGGCGGAUGCUUCGCUUUAGGCUUGGCUUGAGCUUCCGUUUAUUGGAAAAGUGCCGUAGCUCUAGUUGGGAAACAUUUCCAUUCCUGUCUUCAACUGAACCCUGGCCAGUUCCCUGAGCAGAUCCAUUAGCAUAGCAACAAAGGGUUGUUUUCUAUCACGACAGAUUCGCCUAUUCCUCGCAUCACAACAAGACAGACGUAUCUCUUGCCAGGUCCUUUUCUGGAUCUCAUUCCAGGCCAGUUGGGAAGAGGAUUCGCCAGACCUUGGUUUGGUUUUAUGUAAAAUUGGAAUCGUGGCCAUAAUCAGGUAUGGCACAUUAUGAAGUAACUGGAAUGGGAAUGGGGUCUUACUUCGAAUUGGACACGGACGCACUAUUGGAUUUCCUUUUCUGAAGGCUAGGGCUAUAUCCAUUAGUAUCAAAUGCCUUAAUUGCUUUAUUUUCUUUCUUUGGUUUAGGCGUUCCAUUGCCUCAAUCUUCACCAUUGGUACAAGAUCCCCUCAAGAACUGCUCUUUUCAGAACGUUCAAUCUGAGUAGAGGCUGAGCCACACAUCAUCUCACCCAUUGGGGACUUUUACUUCCUCUUCAGGCCUUGUAGUGAUUUAUGUGAAAAAGUGGAAAUUCAAUUUCCAUUAGCCACCACUACUAUCAUGGGUACAGUCUGUGUAAUCUUGCAUUGUUCCUAGCUAUGCUUUGUAUCUUCGAAUACACUUGACUAGAGCUUGCUUGUGGAUCGAAUAUUUCAAAGAACGAAUACUUCCGCAUAUGCCGACGGCGAAAGCAAUCUCCUAGUGUCUAGUGUUCGUGGUCUCGACCUAUUUUCCAUUGGUAGAAGCCUGCCGUUUCUAUCAAAGCUUUUCCAACAAAGAAGAAGCCCCAUAUUGCAGCUGAAAGAACUUACCCACCCGGCACCUAAUGAUACACGUACGUAGGUUAUGCCUCUAAUAGUAUUUCCAACCACCAGGUCCGCUUGAGAUUAAUAGAUUUGGGCAGAUGGGGGGGCUUUAAAAGCUUAGAAGCUGAUCCCAUCCCACACUUAGAAUGAAUAGUGCACUCUCCUCUCGUGGCUGUUGCCGAUCGCUUGAUUGAGAAGCAGCCCUCGACUCGGUCUACAACUCUAAGAUCUCAGGGAUUGGCACUCUUGAGGGCGGACACCGGCCUAAACCUCCUUCUGUUGAACCCCUGGAGAGGAGGGACCUCAGGAACAUAAACAUAAAACAGUGGCUUUCGGAAGCAAAGGUUGACCUCUUCGCGGCAUUACUCUUUGGCACUAUACUCGUAUCCGUGUCCUGGUAGAAGAUAGAUCUCAGUCAUGGCUAGAGGAAUGUGAUCCGUUGUGGAAAGGCAAUAUAUUUUUGAUUUCAAGCACAGGCGCAAGUAUGCCACUUAGGGGAGUAAGCACAGCUCGUCGUAGGAUAGCAAUCCACAUAAAAGAGAGAAGUAGUUUAAGUUGAUGCCAGUGUGGGUAAACGAACUCUUUAGCCGGAUCUGGAGAUGGCGACUAGCGCAUAAGCCUGCUGACUAACGAGCUGUUCUGGACUGGAUACGAGACUGACUCCCCAGAGACCGGGGAUCACUGAACCCUAUUAUUCCAAGCAUGGGCUUUAGCGGAGAAAGGUGCUGCUCUAAUGGCGAACCAAACAGCUUCAAAGCUCCGAGGGAAGAAAGAUUUGACCCCCAUUGAAACCUGUCUUUGAAAGGUGAUACGAGCACAGAAAUGUAGAUAGCCCUCUAGUCCGGAUGGAUGGCAGUCUCUAUCUAGUACGAGAUUCCACUGGUUCACAUCAUUCACUAAUCGAAAACUUACGUUCAGAUUACGUUCUGCAUGAAUGCUUGCUCAAACCUCUAAGUGCUCGUACCUGGCCCAGACCUAACAAGUGCCACAGUUCUUAAGUAUAGCGGAUCUCAUAUCGGGCAGAUCAAGCAUUUCUCUAGUCUGGUUCAGAAGCCGCACCGUUGGCCAAUACCUCUAGCAAAGAUCGAGUGAGUUCGUUCUCACCUUUUUGAUGGAACUCCUUGCUUGAGUUCCGUCGACACCAAAAAGUAUUUGAAUAGCGCUGACACUCCUUCCUAUAUUCCUCUCUGGCAAGUCCACGGCAUCAAUCAAUACGAGUGAGAAGUGAAAACCUCGCUCACAAGCACGGGUGUCGAACUCUAGUCUAGAUCAGUGCCAGUGCGGCACUACGAGUCAAGGUGCCGGAUGAUUGAUCGAGGGAAGAAACCCCGUAUUUUUGCCCUACCUCUGGAAACCCGAAUCCAGUUUUCGAAAAGAAAGAAAGUUUUGCCGUGAUUUUUGCUUAGGAAGUGAGUAGACGUAUAAUGUACCGGCAUCUUCCACUGCUACGUAUCCUCAACCCAGAGGGAGGUCUAAUUAUUCCUCCCUCUGGGAUCAAAUAAAUGUCUUCCAACCCCCACAUGGAAUAGGGCUCUGAGACGCACCACAGAGCACGUAGCAGCGACUUUGAAGGUUCGAGUCCGAUACCAUACCCUAAAAAGAAUAAGAAGAGCCUUUCUGCUUCAAUCGGCAGGGCUUCAGGAGUGGACUUGAGACGAAAACCUCGGUCAAAUGCGCCAUAGUUGAGAUAGAAUGGCAUUUACCCGUGUUCAAGAAAAUGGAAGUUUAUUUAGAGGGUUGUCGCUUUGAUCGAUAGUGCUAGGCUGCCUUAAGACUAAGACCGGCGUAUUUCAUAAGAUUUCCUAAAGUUGGUUUAUAGGGUCUGGGCCUAAAGAAGCAUGGAUGCCUGGAAUUGCUAUUUCCAAUCUCAAGUCAUAUUUGCAUUUGCGCUGAAGAUUUGCGUAGGAAAGGUGGCCAGUCUCCUCCGACUCAAAAGCCCAAAGGAACUUAUUUUCCAUGCCCGUAUCGAGAACCUUCUCUGCCUUUUCCAUGCCCGGUAUCGAGAACCCUCUCUCCCUACGACCUUCUUUCAGGGAUGCGUCUUCCUUGAAUUGAAUUGAACGGCACUUCGGAACUUGUGAAAUACUUUCUUAUCGCCAGGGCUCAGUUUAUUCGAGUAUUUGUGUUGGUCCGCACUCCUAUCUCCUAUCUACAGCUACCGCUAUCAAUUCCUAUUCCCAGUUUGUUUCCUCUAUCCCUUCCUAAAGUGGCAGAAGCAUUCGAGUAAGAGAUCGGCAUCACACUAGUGAAAGUCAAGUAACGGAAAAGCAUCUCCUAAA